AUGAGGGUUCUCCAGCUGCUCCUGGCAGUCCUUGUCAUUCUCCUCCUCCAGGGCGCUCCGGCCAGAGGCCUUUCAGACACGCAGCAGUGCAGGAACAGCCGUGGCCACUGCCGGAGGCUGUGCUUCCACAUGGAGCGCUGGGAAGGGAGCUGCAGCAGCGGCCGCCUGCGCUGCUGCCGGUGACAGCGGCCACCCCAGGGGGCUGUGACAGCCCCAGGAGUGCCAGCACAGCGAUCCUGCAGCCAGAACUGUACACAGAGCCUGCCCUUAGACAUCUCUGUACCUCUACGUGGAGCUUGG